AUGGCGGGCAAAUUCCCAGGGGCCAGCCCCGAGCAGCAAGUCUCAAGGAUUGUCGCUGUGAUAUGUGUAACAGCGCACGCUCGGAUCCAGCCGUACCCCUGCCCGCGCGGCCAAUGGGCUUUGCCCAGAUCGCUCUUGCGUGAGGCCCCACCUUGUGACGCUAGCGUCGCCGGGGUAGAGGAGGCGUGUCGCCGGUGCGGCCACGGAAGCCGGGAGGAAAACACCAGACCGCGGACGGAGGGCCGGAGUGGCGCCAUGGUCUACAUCUCGAAUGGUCAAGUUUUGGAUAGCCGGAAUCGGUCACUAUGGAGUUUAUCGUUUAUAACAGAUCUCUUUUGGGGAAUUGCUGACUUUGUGAUCAUGUUUUUCAAAAGUCUUCUUCAACAAGAUGUGAAAAGAAGAGGCUGCGUCAGCUCAUCUGAUUCCCGAUACGAUGAUGGAAGAGGGCCUCCAGGAAAUCCUCGCCGCAGAAUGGGCCGUAUAAAUCACAUGAAGGGCCCUAGCCCUCCUCCAAUGGCUGGUGGAUGAGGAAGGUAAACGCCUGCUCUGAGAAGCAGGCAAGGAGACACACCCUUCGUUCCACAAAGAAAAAGAAAUGCCAAGUAUUGACCUUGGAGGAACUUAGGGAUUUGUGUCUGAAAGAAUUGCUCUGUCUACACAGAUUAAUGAUGUUGUGCUGGGAACUCCCAUCUUACAGGAUCCAGUGUAACUGAUUGCAAUUGUAUAAAUGCACAUGUUCAUUAGCUCUCAUUUUGUAUAGUUCAUGAGAAUCCUAAUGUAGUUCUAAUAAGUAAAUAUUUUCAGCUUGUUAAACAUUGCCUUUAUUCAACAUUGUUUAAUAAUAUAUCAGUACCUGGAAGUUAACGGGGAAACCAUCACUACAAAUACUUUUUUUUUUUUUAAGUUCAGGAAAGACUUUUAAUUGGGCUGUGGAUGGUCAUUUUUCAUUUUCUUAAAUAUGUUCCAUUAUUUGCUUUAGUUUAUAAAUAAAUCCCAUGGCACUUUU